AUGUUCACUGUCCUUAUCGCUGGAUUUUGCACGGUUGCGGCCACUGUUGCUCAGGAUUACGAGGUGUCUGAGAUCCAAUGCAGCGGUGCAGGAUCGGCCGCGGAUCUUCUGACGGCGAAGAUCAAAAGACCGAUGAGUUUCAGGGGGGUGCCGCUAUUCGCCGACGACAGAGCUGCCAAUCCCCUCACAGACGUCCAUUGCCAGAUCAGGCCUGACCCCAGCGACACCCAAGAAGACAACUACUUCCUCAAGGUCACCGAUUUCACCAGAUGUGGCAUCCUAAAGAGAAACGGUUUCAUUCACUUACGAAUAUGGUUCCCCACGUUCCCUGGAGUCGUCAUGUUAGCCGACCAGGAGUUGAUCCUUAUGUGUCGACCACCGGAACCUACGUUACUUCGACACAAAGCUGCUGGAUUCGCUGGAACCUUCCCACACGGAGCCCGCGUGUCUGGUGUAGUGGAGGAGACUCCGGGUCGUCUAGAAUACGAAGUGGCCCUCUAUCGAGAGGCCACGGGCAACUCUUCAGACUCUCAAGGAUCCCAAACCGUGGACCAAGCGGUCCCUAUCGGAACAAAGCUACAAUUAAGAGCCAGAAUCAGUCCUGACAGUGCUUGGGGCUACGUGAAAUUGUUAGAAGUUACUGUUAGUCCGGAUCCUGACCAGCCACACGCCCCAGGAAGCGUGGUUCUUGUAAAAGACGGCUGCAGGAAUCGAGACUUCGCCUCCAUAAUCCCUCACCAGCCCGCUAGGUACAGGGAGAGGAAGAAUGAAGUCUUUUUGGACUUUGAAGCAUUUCUGCUAAGCUCUAUGAGGGAGAGAUCUACUCUGUGGAUCCAUUCGCAAAUCAAGGCUUGCAUGGAGCCGCAGGACUGUCAACCGGAUUUCUGUCUGGACCUGUUCGAACCAUCGGGACACGGAAAAAGAAGAAGGAGGUCGUUUGAUGAGUCGAAAAAAUUUCUUCCCAAACGCAAACGUUCAAUAAAAGAGUAUAAUGACUCUACUGCCUUCACAAAAUUCAAAGAAAAUAUCGAAUAUACUGUAAUGAUGCCUAAUGAUUUGUAUCAAAAGGUCGCUGCUGGAUUGGAGAACAGCUGUGGAAAUUUUGUGUACGUCGCCACAGGAUUAGGUGUACUCCUGGUUUUAUCGGCGCUAAUUAUGUGUUAUCUGGCGUCUCGUUUGCAUAAUUUAUCUUCGACAACGUUGAAAAACAAAUCCAUCGACGAACUAAUUAGAGAUCGGGCUAGGAAAUAUUGUGAAUCCACACAGGGCUACACGGGACGAUCCACAGUACAAUAG